AUCUCUCUCGAAGAAAAAAAGAACAGACGGCUCACUCACAUAGGCGAGGGCGCUCCACGGCGGCGGCAACCGGCCAACCACGACCCACGCUCAGGCCGCGCAUACGCCGUGGGGUUGCUUUCCAACCGGCGGCGAGCCGGCGAUUCCAGGCAGAUCUACGGGCAACGGACGAUCUGGAAAUGAGGAAUGUGAAAGCUAAAAUGGCCACGCACCAAGUGGAGGAGCAAGACAUUUCUCUGCACAAAGGCGGCACCAGCCGUCGCCUAUCGAGACGCCUUGCUGAUCCUGCCCAAUCCACAUGGGCAGCACUGCACACAGACCUGCUUGAGCUGAUUGCCAGUCGGGUACUCGCCAUCGACCUUCUGGACUACGUCCGGUUCCGUGCAGUGUGCUUACGAUGGCGUGUCGCAACUCCUUGCCCACGCGGUCGAGGCGUGGUCGACCCGUGCUUCCACCCACGUCAGUGGAUGAUGUUCCCCGAGGGUGGUGGGCUGUACCCAGGCCACCCUGCGCUACUUGGAUACGUCAGCUUCUUCAACCUCUCUACCGGCACGUUCGUUCGUGUCACACUCCCUUGUUUCAGAAACCACUCUGUGCUUGACUGCCCUGACGGCCUCCUUCUACUGCGGCACAACGAGAGCACUGCCAUCCGCCUCCUCCACCCAUUUACAGGCGACGUCGUCUUGUUCCCGCCUCUUUCCUCCAUCUUUCCACAGCUUGCCAAGUUAGGGUGCUUCAUCAGUGACUUUGACAAGAUUCAGCAUACCCGGUUUGUCCGUGCAUCCGUCUCCGUCAAUCUGGCUGGCACUGUCAGCAUGGUGCUCGGGCUGAGCGGCCUUGAUCGUGUGGCCUAUGCAUCCACCAGUGACCGGCAGUGGACUCCUACGAGCUGGAAAAUGAAGCGCCUGCACUCGGCAUUGCCGUUCGGUGGCAGCCUCUAUGUGGUGGAUGUGGGGUGGGAUCUUGAGCCAUCGCGCAUCCUGCGCAUCAAUCCUCCAGAAGAUUCUAACCCCUCCUCAUGGUCAGCGAUACCACCGCAAAUGGUUGUCACGUGUCCAGUGGAGCUGUUGAGAAUGCCUGAAAUGGUAGAGUACAACUCUGAGCUGUUUCUGGUUGGCGAUAACAGUGGAUGCUCGCCUGUUGUGCUUGUCCGGGUUGCUGACCUGCUGAAUGGAGUCCCCGCCAUGCCACUGACAAGCAUCGGUGACCAAGCCAUCUUCAUUGGCGGAUGGAACAUGGCUGUUAACUCCAAGAGCCUGCCAUCUGUCCAGGCGAACUCCAUCACCAUUGUCAAUGCUAUAGGUGGUCUUGCCGGCAGGGGAACUCUACCUCAAUACGAUCUGGGCAACGGUACCUGGUCGCAGGUGUUUGACGGACACUUCCUUGAUGGCCCCAUGCCUAGGCCGUACAGCCUUGUCCUCCACGUCGCAACCUGCUGCCAGCGCCUUUUCUGGAACAGUGGGAAAAUCUUGGGUUUCAACACAGACAUAGGACUAGGAGCAGAGUAGUGAAGCUUAUAUAGUCAACUAGGGAUGGUUCUUUGCUUUUCUAAUGGUUACACCUGAAAGAGUCUUUGUACUAUGAGAAACUAACUAUGCUUCUUUUCUGUUAUAUCAGAUUAGAAUCUAGCUUGAUUCAGUGGUAUGGAUACUUUUUCUGUAA